AUGACGAACACGUCCUCCUCCUCAUCGGAUAGAGCUACAUCAACAGAAGUAUUAUCAGUAGAACCACUCGACAUGGGUUCAUCCAAUCAUCAUCAUCAUCAGGAUCAUCCUAUUCAUCCAACGAUCGUUAGAGAAACUCGGUCCGAUAGCUCUGCUUCCACGACAUCAUCCAGUAGUACCACCACUUCAACUACCCUCCUCUCUUCAUCAUUGGCCAAUAAAUCCUACUCGGAUUUGGUCGUUAUGGAAUUGAAUGGUGUUGUUUCUUCAACCACCGAUAAUGCUUCAAGUAUACAUCAUCAUCAUGAUGAAAAAGUUCAUCAUCAUCUUCCAACUGCCAAUAUUAUCAUCCAUUCUACUCAACCUCCCAACAAUCAAGAGAAUCAGGAUUUCCCAAAAAAGAAAAUGGAAGAAGGAGAACAACUCCUAAGCUCUCUCUCCAAAAUUAGUACCACGAAACAAAAGCCUCACCUCGAUAAUCAAUUUGCACAUACUCAAGUGUGUGUUUGUCCUGAACCGUUGUGGUCACAGAUCCGAGCCGAUGUUGGUGUGAUUAUUGAUAAUGAUCCUGGAGUGGUCAUUGGAGAAACAGCAAUUGUAGGAAAUUAUUGUACAUUAUAUCAAGGCGUCACACUUGGCGGAACAUCUACCACGAAAGGCAAAAGGCAUCCAACCCUGGGUGACAAUGUGCUUGUCGGCUCCGGUGCCAAAGUAUUGGGAAAUAUUGUCAUUGGGUCCAACGUAAAAAUUGGUGCAGGCUCUGUGGUUGUCAAAGAUGCUCCCAGUGAUUGUACACUCGUGGGAGUUCCUGCAAGAUGUAUUAAGGAUAAGAAGCCAACUGUAAAUACCAACAACUCGAAUAAUGAGACUAUGACUGCGACAUUGUCAAAUGGAGAGCAGACACUUCAUACUGAAAUGGAUGCAUCAUCUUCUACAAGGAUGGAGUCGGGAGCAAAUUUGUCAACUAUCUCCAAUGGUGAUCAACAACCCUCAAUAGUAGAAAACCUUAAUGAUGGUUUGUUGAAUGGGCACAACACCGCUGUAACAAGUACUUCCUCCUCAUCUCAAGGUCAUCAUCCAAAGAAUUUAAGUAUUGACACCAAACAUGCUCCACCUGCAACCACCACUGCAACGGAUGAACAACACAAAAAUUUCAACACAGGUGUCAUGUCACCCACGACGGUCAUUAAUUUCAUGUUAAAUGCAUUUACUAAACAACAAGAAAAGAAGAAUAUUGAUGCAGGAUCAACCGUCUACCAAUACGACGAUAUUGAUGCUCAAGCCAUUCGUGCCUUAUAUUUGAGAGAGAAGAGAUUGGAACAAGAACUUGAACGUUUAAAGAAAAAACUGAAAUUAGCUGGUAUUUUUGGAGACAGUAGUGAGGAUGAGGAAGGAGGAGGAGACGAGAAUCAGCAGAAGUCGAAACACUCCAUCACAUCCUUAAAGAAGAGUUCUAGAAAAAAACAAGUGGCCACUAGUAGUGCAAAGAAUGACACGACCACAACUCUUGGUUCUAAUAAUGAUGUUGCAUUGACAGCUGAAUUAGCACUCGUGCCAUCCGACGCGUCUCGUGAACCAUGGACCUCAUCCUCAACACCAACAGGUGCAUUGGUGGGUUCCAACAACAGUGGCGAUUAUAUUCAUCAAAUUGCAGAAAACGAAGAAGAAUGUUUUAAGGUCUUAUUUGAAAGUACUGGUUCGGUGGAGCUCGUCGACGGUGGAGGUAUUUAA